AUGCCUUCCCCGGAUUAUAAGAUGAAGCAUGAAGAUAUAGCACUCAACUCAUCAACUGAAGAACUAACAAGACCAGUGGCAAGUAACAGUAACUUCAAAGAUUUUGUUACUUCGUUUAAAAUUGACAGAGAUUUAGAAGUUGGUUAUGAUGAUAUCUCAACUCCUGAUGAUUCAUUAAAAGAUUAUCAAGUUAGACUCAUUGCUCUAGCAACUUGUAUUGGAGGUGGGUUAUUUGUUUCAAGUGCACAAGCCAUUUCAUCAGCAGGUGCUGGUGGUACUUUGGUUGGAUAUGCCAUUGUUGCCGGAUUAAUGUUUUUAAUUAUUCAAUCUUUGGGUGAAUUGACCAGUACUUAUCCAGUCAAGGGGAACUUUCUUGUGUAUAAUUCGAGAUUCAUUGAUGAAUCUUGGGCAUUUGCCAUGAAUUGGAAUUAUUGUCUACAAUGGAUUGUUGCUAUUCCAAUUUCAUUGGUUUCUUGCUCAUUGACAAUCCAAUAUUGGACUGAUGAAGUUAACUCUGCUGCUUGGGUGGCAAUUUUCUGGGUUAUACUUGUUGGUAUUAGUAUCUUCGGUGUCAAAGGUUAUGGAUUUGGUGAAAGUGUAUUCUCUUUAGUUAAAGUCAUUGCCAUUAUCAUAUUUAUUGUUGCUGCCAUUGUAUUAACUGCUGGUGGUGGGUCUCAAGGUUACAUUGGUGGUAAGAAUUGGAAACCUCCUUUUGUCCAUGGAUUUCAUGGUUGUUGUAAUACCCUAGUAAAUGCAGCUUAUGCAUUUUCAGGAACAGAAUUGACUGCUAUCUCAGCUGCUGAAACUUCUAAUCCAAGAAAAUCAUUACGUAAAGCCAUGAAACAAAUUUUCUGGAGAAUUUUAGUUUUCUACAUGUUUGCUAUUAUUAUGGUUUGCUUUAUAGUUAGAUAUGAUGAUCCAAGUUUAUUAGGUAACUCAAAAUGGCCAGUUUCUCCAUUUGUCAUUGGUCUUUCCAAUGGGGGUAUUAAAGUUUUACCAUCAAUUAUUAAUGCUUGUAUUUUGGUCGCUAUGUUAUCAGCUGCCAAUGCUAGUGUCUUUGCUACUUAUAAACCAUUAGUUGCAUUAGCUAACGCAGGUCAUGGUCCAAAAUUUCUUGCAUAUGUUGAUCGUAAGGGUAGACCAAUGUAUUCUAUUCUUAUAGCAGUUGGAUUUGGUUUAAUUGGACUUGCAGGAGGUUCCAGUGGGGGUUCAGAAAUGUUAUUGUGGAUGUUAGCCAUUUCAGGUCUUUCUGCUAUUUUAUUAUGGGCUAGUGUUUCAUUAAUUCAUAUCAGAGUGUAUCGUGCUUAUGAAGUACAAGGUAUUGAUACAGAGAAUAUCCCAUUUAAAGCCUUUGGUGGUGUCUGGGGUGCUUAUUUCUCUUUGCUUUUGAAUUUUUUGAUUCUUGCUGCUCAAUUUUAUGUGGCGUUGUAUCCAAUUGGUGGAGAUAAUUUGAACCCAACAUCAUUCUUUCAAGCUUAUCUUGCUGUUCCUAUUGUGAUAGUAUUCUAUAUUGGUCACAAGGUUUGGACUAGAAGCUGGUCAUUUUAUAUCAGAGCUAAAGAUAUGGAUGUUACUACUGGUAGAAGUAUGAUGGAUAUUGAAUUAAUCAAACAGGAAAUUGCUGACGAUAAAGAACUGUUGGCUCGUAAACCAUUGUGGUAUAGAUUCUUUAACUUCUGGUGUUGA